AUGAACACAGAUAAAUUAAUAGAAUGUGUCAAAAAGUACCCAAUAUUGUAUGACACACAACACGAGAACUUUACGAAUCAAGAGAAACGAGCAGAGACAUGGGAAGCUAUUGCCAGUGAAAUGAAUGAAAGAAGUGAAGCGUUACGCCGAAAAUGGAAAAUGUUAAAAUAUGGAUAUACUAAAUAUAAAGAUCUAAAUGACGGCAAAACUACACCAAACGGUACCAGAGCAAUGAAUUGGUGUUGGGGUUUCCAAUUACAAUUUUUGGAUAAUUAUAAUUUAAAACGAAAAAAGAAAUCUAAGUAUCGUACAUCAUACAGUUCAAGCACUCCAGUGCCUGCUUCAUCUACCCAUGUUGAUUCGAAAGCUGCUACGCCUUCGCGAAUAGAUCGAGAUUGUAAUGAGAUAUCGCAAGAAGAAAAUAGUUUACUGGAUGAAAUUCAACCGACAUCGUCUGUAGCACCGGCGUCAGCAAUUCGUACACCUCAGGUGGCAUCCCAGGUCUCUCAAAAUCGAGCUGCAGCAGCAAACGCGAUCGAUGACGACAUCGAAAAGAUACUUAACUUUAUGCGAAACAAACGAAAGAGGCCCCAUACCGACGCCGUAGAUGACCUCUUCCAGAGCUACGCUAAAACAUUUAAGAAGUUCUCUAUACAAACGCAAAUAAUGUUGAAAGUGAACAUGGCAAAGUUGUUCGCUGAUGCUGAACUGUUGGAAGACGAUAUGAAUCAAUGUCAGUCGCCAGUACAUGCAUUUGUUAGUGUCGAUUGUGAUAUUAAAGCAGAACCUUCAUACGAUGUCAGCUUUGAACCGAACGAUUCCACAGGAAGCAUCCUCGCCGAUGAGUAG